UUUCAGCUCUCCAGAUGGGAGGCUCAUUGCCCUAGCACUCAGGAGGUUGUAGGGAAGGGGGACUGAGCCAGGACUUGGCACUGACUACAAAGGGUAGGGGGCAGCACCCAGCACUCCCGCCGCAGCAGGCCAGGGGAGGGGCUGUGACGUUUGGUGGCCUCAUGCAGCUGAGAGGAAGUAGCUAAUUGCCAACCUGAUGACUGGCGGCUGAGGAGUGGGGUGAUGAUGCCACUGGCAGAAGCAGGCGCCCUGGCCCAAGGAGGAGGCCCUUCAGUGACGGAGUGGGCCUGCAUUCUGCGGAGGCCCCCUCUUUGUCCCCUGUGGCCAAAGCUGUUAAGGAAAGAGGGAGUGGAUGAGGGUUCUUUUCACCAGAAGACCCCCAGGCACAAGCAGCCCACCUCAUUGAUGGUCAGAGCAUCCAGAAGAAGUGGCGAGACUUCAGCUGUCCUCAAAGCAGGAAGAGAGAGUGUUUCUGGCAGAAAGAACGGCACAAGCAAAGGUGCCUCCAGUUUGAGGGGGGAGAGAGGACACCCCCUCCACCCCAGACGUGGGAAAGCAGUCCACCUGCGCACCAGGGGCAGAGCACGUGGCUGGGUGAAGACGCUGGCCUGGGUACGGAGGACUCGCGGGCUGGCAGAGCGCGCGGCGGCGGCGGGAGGAGACGCAGGUCACGCCCCCUUCCCGCCGCACGGGGCGCGCGCGCCGAAGAGCCCGGGACAGGUGACUCCUAGAGGACUGCGUCUGCACCUCCCCCGGCGGGAGUCCCUUCUUCGCGGCCUCUGCCGCCCCCUGCGUCCCCUCCUGGGCUGAGAGUCUGACUCAGCCAAGCCGGCAUCGCUUCGCCUCCUACAACACACCCCGAGAGCGAGGAAAAAUUACAGGAUUGCAGGGGCACGGCUAAUGCGCUCUAAUUACCCACCGCCGCUGUCAUCCGCGGCGCUGAGCCAACGCGCCGUAAUUAGGCCGCCGCUCCCCGGUCCCAGAACCCUCCCUUCGCCACCCCCGACCCACCUCGCGGUCCCCAGACCACUGACUGCCGCCUCCUGCCGCCCUCCGGGACUGCCCCUCAGUCCCAAGAGAGCUGUGAGGCCUCAUUGGGGGGUAGAACUUGGGGAGACCGAAGCCGGCCCCUCGGCUAAACCUACAGUCCUAGAAGGUCUCUGCUGGAAGAGUCUGGGAGAAUGGGUAGGGGGCAGGGACCUAUUUCGUUGACAGAAACACCGAGGUCUACUGGAAAGUUAGUCUUCAGUGGGAGGAGUGGCAAAGGCACGCAGGGCAGCAGUACCCACGUUUGGGCACGGAGAAGGGAAGGGAAGCCCGCCCAGCCUGAACUCCCAGACCCGCUCGUUUAACAGUGGCUUUAUGAGCAGCACAACGGGCUCCCUCCCCUGGCAGGGAAAUUACCUUCUUGCCAAGAAAGGUGACAUCCCCACCACAGACACGGAGGCCCCGCCCGCUGGCCAGCUGUAGCCUGCUGGUCGUAGGGAAGCUGGUGAGGAGUGAGGUGACUCUGGCCUCCCAUGUCCGGUAGGGUGAGAGAGGCCCUGAAGAUAGAAGCCAGGCCUGAAGGCCAGAAUUAAAGGGGUAGCUUGGCCAUCAGCUCCUUCCCCAAACCAGGCUCAGAGCUCUUCUCUAUCAGGAAUUCUUUCCUGAGGUCCAGGGGGUUGCAAAGUCAUGGCCUUGGGCCACGUUUUAUCUUCAGUGAGGUUUUGUUUGGCUUGCAAUGAGUACAUAGGUUUUAGGUUGAAUGUGAGAGGCUGCAGAAAAUGUGGGUUCUCCGGCUGCCCUCCCAAUGAAGGUGGACCUCUGAUUUAGACCGGCCCGCUGGCCUGUGCUUUCAUCCUUUUCCUCAGGGCCAGGAUCUUAUUCCCCGUGAUUGCUGCCCCUUUGUGGUCUGCAUGUUUCUUGGUAAGCGUGCCCAGUCAAGUGUGUCUGGGAGCCCCCUCUUUUCUGUCAUGGUCAGGUUUCCCACAUGCAGUGGCCGCGGUGGCUGCACAUGCUCCCGGAUACCCCUCCGGCACUCCCUUUUGUCAUCUUGAGUUUCAGUACGUGACUUGGGUGGCACCCUAUCUUCUCCAGCAGGGAUGGCAGCUAUUUUUCUGCCAUGAGACUAGAGGUUGCUUGAGAACAGGAAAUUGGAUCUCUCCCUUCAGACUGGGGUUUCACUAAGAGCUGGAGAAGGGGGGAAUGUGGGAGGAUUAUCUUCCAUCACAGGGAGCACUCCGAGGGCAAGGCUGUGUCUCCCUCAGUCUGGGGCUCCCUGAAGACAGGGCUGUGUCUCCCUCAGACUGGGGCUCCCUGAGUCAGGGUUGUGUCUCCCCUCAGACUGGGGCUCCCUAAGGAUGGGUCUGUGUCUCCCUCAGACUGGGGAUCCCUGAGGACAGGGCUGUGUCUCCCCACAGUCUGGGGCUCCCUGAGGACAGGGUUGCGUUCCCCCUCAGACUAGGGCUCCUUGAGUCAGGGUUGUGUCUCCCCUCAGACUGGGGCUCCCUGAGGGCAGGGCUGUCUCCCUGCUUCAGACUGGGGCCUCCCCCAAAGGACAGGGACUGUGUCUCCCCUGGGACUAGGUUCUUUGUGUCUUCUGCAUCUACUGAGAUUCUCAUGAGGACAGGGCUGUGUCUCCCCCUCCAUCUGGAGCUCCCUGAAGGCAAUGGCCUCUCCCCUCAAAUGGGACAUUUGCACCCCACCCCACCCUCCAGCUCCCCAUGGCGCCCAGGCAUUCCUCCCAGGACACCAUUUGUCAUGCUUUGAUGAAUGAAACCUACUAAGAAUAACUCAGUCCUUGUAGGCUCUGAAGGACAGGGGGAGGGAGAGGGAGGAGGCUGGUGAUUCUGGGGGUACUGGGGGAGGAGGGACACAAUCCAUUUAUUCAAUAGCAUUUCCCAGGUGCCCAGCUGAGCACUGGGGGGGAGACAGUGAGUGCCACAGAGCCCCCUACUGUGCCAUUUCUGCCACUGACAGCCAGGAGUGUCCACAGGUACCCCUGAGACAGAAAGUUCAGGCCCCUGCUUCACAGCCUCCCCAUCCCAGCAGUCACUCCCUCAGGGCCAGCCAGCCCCCUCCAUGCCAAUCAUGAGCUCCCUCUGCCCCUCCCUUCAGUGGAGGGGAGACUUUGAAAUCGGGUGCUUGGAGUGGGGGCGCUGCUCCCAGUGGGGGUGUGAGGAACCCACAGGAUGAAUCCCUGUCCCCCGCCCUCCCCCUACUCUGUUCUUCCUUACCCUGCCCCUUUCCACUCCAAAACCUCAAGCCUCUAGUUCAUAUUCGAGUGACCUUUCCAGUGCAACUGUUCUCAGGGGGCCCUUGGGAGUCGGGAGGCUGUGACCUUAACCCACUUCUUUGGACGGUGCCUUCCUGGCACUCCGCCCCCACCUGCCACCUCCUGAGAGGAACAUUUCGGCCGGUCUUGGCAAAAACAUCAGUCUAUGAUCCGGGCAGCCUGGUGCAGUACCAGCUCUGCCACUGACACCACUGUGACCUUGAGAAGCCAUUUACACAUAUGGGCCUCAGUUUCUCCAUAUGUAAAAUGACUUUUGUUUAGCUUUCCUGAUUUUCAAAUCUUUUUUUCAAACAAUGAAUCUUCUUGUUUAAAUUGUAA